UGGCCUGACCAAUGUUUCCUGCUGAAACCAAACACAAAGGGAUUAAAGUCCACCCACUGCGUGGGACAAACCCGGUCAAACACCACCGUCCUCACGGAAGACUCUUCUGCUUCAAGCCAUUCUCAUAUUUAGCCCAACCAUAAUGGAGAUUCCAGUAUAUACGGUAGAUGCGUUCACUAAUGUACCAUUCAAAGGAAACCCUGCGGCAAUUUGCCCCCUCAUGCAUGAGCUGAGUGAUGAGUUGUAUCAGAAGAUAGCAGCAGAGAUGAACCUGUCAGAAACAGCUUUCAUCACCAGGAUCAACCCCUCUGACGAUUUUACUACAGGAUCAAGGUUCCGCCUUCGAUGGUUUACACCAACCAAUGAAGUGAAUCUGUGUGGUCAUGCCACUCUGGCCACCGCAGCAGUGCUAUUCCAGUACAAGAAGAAUGUGAAUCCCACACUGGUGUUUGAGACCAAGAGUGGAGAUCUGGCUGUCGCCCAGCUGGGGGAAGGAUACAUCAUGGACUUUCCUCUCAACCCACCCACCCAGGAGGAACCCAAUGAGUUCAAUGACGUCAUCAAGGCUGCAGUUGGAAACCACCCAAUCCAAGCUGUUUAUCUGAGCUCCAACACUAAAAAACUGAUGAUUCGACUGGCUGACAGCUGUGACAGGUCAGUGCUAACCAAUCUGAAAGUUGACCCUGUUGCUCUUCAGAACAGUGAGAGGAGUGGAAGAGUCAAAUCAGUAUUAAUCACCAUGAAAGGAUCCCCAGACUGUCAACCAGGAUACGACUUCUACUCUAGAGUCUUUGCUCCAUGGAAUGGCAUCCCUGAAGACCCCGUCACUGGUUCUGCCCACACCGUGCUAGGUAGCUACUGGUCAGUGCAACUAGGAAAGAAGAAAAUGCUGGCUUACCAGUGCUCCAGUCGAGGCGGGGAGCUGGAACUAGAAGUGAGAGACGACGGAAGAAUCAACAUAGCUGGACAGACCGUCACCGUACUGCAAGGAACAAUCACACUGUAGCCACAGACACACACAGCAAAGAAGGUUGUGGAUCAUUUUGUACCUGCACAGAGCAGCUGACAAAGGCUUUGUACCAAUAAAAUUGAUCGAUUCCUUUGAUUAAAAGAAAAUGAGAUGGUUUAAAUAAAAAGCUAAACAGACUAA